AGAUGAAUGCGGAAUUCAGGUUUCUGUAUAAUCAAGCAAGACGUGAUCGUGCUUUCAUCAGCUAGGAAUAGAUCGCUGACUGAUGUAUAAAUCUCACACUAAGAAUUACAGAGUGCAAGUUUGGUUGCAAAAAAUCCUGGGCAGAGAUAAUGUACUACACAACCACCAACAUACUGGAUAUCAACAUGGAGAACAGCGCUAUGGUUCGCUAUUCAAACAUUAACACAACAGUCUCCGUGAAUUUAUGGGAUAAUGAGGAUUAUCUUGGAGAAGUCAACGACCCAAGUUAUCAUUCAAUUCAUAAAGUUGCUAUACUGCUAGUCAAGGUGCUAUUCCCUGUUUUUGUGGCGGUAGGCACAGUUAGUAACAUUCUCAUCAUAGUUGUGCUCAGGAGAGGUGCAAUUAACACGGACAACCUCAGCUUUUUCUUGUCAGCGCUGGCUGUGGUGGACACUGUGUUCCUUUAUACAAGUGCCUUCAAGAGUUGGAUACGCGUUAUUUGGGGAGUGGAGUUUCUUCAUUUCGGAAGCUGGUCCUGUAAGUUGGGGUUAUUCUUGAACCAUCUCAGCUUGACCCUUUCUGCCUGGCUGGUAGUGGUCAUCGCCUGGCAGAGGUGGUACACUUGCUCACGGCCUUUUGAUCGUUGCUGUCCCGUCGAAAGUGCAAGGUGUGGAUAUAUCGGACUUGCAUGCCUUGUGUUGGUUUUAGUAGGUGCUAACAGUUAUGUUCUAGUGACGGCCGAGUAUCAUGAAGUAAGUAACACUUUCCUUAUCACGUUUAGCUCUAUUAUUUAUAUAUAUGCAAUAAAUAUCAACAUAUUAUUAUAGAUAUAAUCGGUUAUCCCUAGUGGCGUACCUUGGGGGUUAAGGGGCGAUCGCCCCGAUCGGUACUUUGGCUAAUGUUUAAUACAACCUUACAAUAGAUUUAUGUGAGGCACAAAUUAGGAGGUUCGCAGCACGGCCGCAUUUAAAAUAUGCACAACUAAACACCGCAUUUUUCUUUAAUUAAAAAAAAAAUGAAUUCGUGAAAAAGUUUUUUUUUUUAUUAGUGUCCAAUAUAAUGAUAUUAAAACACAAUUUAAAAACCCUCAUAUAAUGAUAUUAAAACACAAUUUAAAAACCCUCAUAUAAUGAUAUUAAAACACAAUUUAAAAACCCUCAUAUAAUGAUAUUAAAACACAAUUUAAAAACCCUCAUAUAAUGAUAUUUAAACACAAUUUAAAAACCCUCCAUGCUCCACAUAUAUUGGAUAAAAUAAGUUAUUUCAAUCAUUGAUAUUAUUGCCAUUUAAAGAGAAAAAACUUAUUGGUAUUGAUUUUUUUAAAAACAAACACUUUUGGAAACAAAUAAAUGUCCCACUUUCGUCAAUGAAUUAAAGGUUGUUUUUUUUAAAGUAUAUUUUAUCUCACCGUUGAUUUACGAUUUAUGAAAUUGAAUUUCAAAAUUUGAAAUGAAUGCUGUAAUUUUGUGGUCAUAUUUAUUAUAAUAUUAUAACAUGAUUUUAUUUUCAAGACACAUUAUUACAGAAAUUGCGUAAGUUCAAUUAUUCAUCACAUUUUCUUUACCGGAGACACACAAUCUAGUCAUUCAUUUUCUCUCUUGCGUGAACAUUAUUUUGUUUCCUGCUAAAUGCAUAACUUCAGUCAAUUAUCAGAAACACUAGUUUUAGACCAGAUUAUGGGAUCUUAAAGAUUUCUCAAGUUUUGGGGUUUUGGCAAAUACUUUUGAAGUUAAAAUAAUAUUUUUUUCAGUCAUCGUGGGGCCGAAGUUGCGCCCCGGCACCCGAGCAUGAUGGAGCAAUAAGUGAAGUCUUCCCUUAUUUACUCGUUUUACUAUACUCUGGACUCCCAGCCUUGCUCCUUAUUGUACUCAACGGCCUCCUGGCUCGGGUGCUCUAUACCAGCCGGAGGUCCCUGCUCUCACACACGGAAUCGUCACGCACCAGAGGCAGACACGAUGGCCAUGUUCGGGCACGCUACAACUACGUUACGGUCCUGCUCUUGGCAUUGUCUCUCUCCUGGCUUGUACUGACGUCGCCACACACUCUGCUUAAGUUUGCUGAACAUAUUCCAGAGUCAUCAUUUCAAUCGGCGACAUUUACAUUCCUCAAUGUAAGUACUCAGUUAUCGAAACAGCAGUUGUUUCGUUAAGUUCUUUCUACUAUAUAUGUGUGGGCUCUAAACAAUUAAACCAACUUAUGUUUUGUGUAUUGCUACUAUGACAAGGCGCUAAAACACUCACUCUAUUGUUUCAAUUUUUAUUGACGCAAAGAUACACGUUUAUUGAACCAAAAUUAUGACGCGAGAACCAACUCAAUGAAAUUGUGCACUGGGUUGCGAUUUCGGAUUAUCUCCAGAAAAUGCUUUAACAAAACGAUUAUAACAAGGCCACAUUUAUUAAUAGAAGAUUGUUUUAUACGCGCGAACCUAUUAAACACACUCAUACUGUUAAUUGAACUGAACUUCAUUUAUGGUGUAUAACUGAAUAGUAUAUUCAUAUAUUAAUGAACUCUAGUGAUAAAAGUAUCCAUCCUAGUUAUAAAAAUCAGAGAACGACAUAAAAGCACGACAAUCUAUUUGUUAUUAAACAAAAUAUGUACUUGCUGCUGAGCUAUCACCAAAAAAUGACAUUAAUUUUAAAAUAAGAAUUAUUUUUAAGUAUGGAUAAGAUAAUCAGAAAAGAACACAGAGAAGAAGAUAAAACAACACCACCACCACCACCACCACCACCACCACCAACAAUAUAAAAAAUCCAAGCGCAAUAUCGCUUUUAUACAUAAAUAAAAUAUUGAUUUUAUAGACGUGUCUCCGACUCUAUUUUCAGGUCCUCUUUUUUAUAUUUCUCUAUGUCAACCACUCCAUCAAUUUCUUCCUCUACUGUGCCUUGACAAAGGGUUUCCGUAGAGAGGUCAGGAGGAUCGCCUCCAACAUCAAAUCGUUAAUUAUCUUCCUGUCACAUUCCUGUUGUUCCCGACCACGACGCCAGCAUCUGGAUGCUAGCAAUACCAACAGCCAUCAUAGUCACACUGACAGCUUCAUGCCGCUACUCGAACAAAAUGUGCUCAAGUACCGCCAAGCUCACAACGGCUACAAUCUUCACCCGGCCCAUGGAUUAACCGCAUGCUAAAACUUUCCUUCUUGGAUUUUUCUUUAAGAAAUAAACACAAGUACUCUAUCAUGAAAACUUAAGAAUAACCACCUCGUACUCUUCCUAAAUCUUAAUACAGAUCAGAAGGAAAACUUAUCAAAGUCAACUAAAAAUAAUAAAUGUAAAAGAAAAUCCAACUAGCCUUGAUCUGUUUUCACUGAAAUUUCGCUGAAACAUCAACGACAAAAAACUAAAUAACAUUAUCGGUUAAUAUUAAUAUGUUCAUCCAUCUGUUAAGGUCCCAUAUUUUCAAUAACGAUUGUUGAAGCGUAGUUCUUAUUGAUACUGUGCUAGGAUUCUCGGAGACAUGAAAUAUGAUUUACAAAUGACGUUAACAUUGGUCGGGUAUUUAAAGUGUCAUUCUAUUACAUUAUAAGGACUUUUGCCAGCCAUUUAAAAGCACUGUCAUACUGCAUUAAUCGCAUGGCCAAACUCACCAGAGUGCUAACAGGGAGAACUUAAUGUUUUCGCAAGGUUUCUGAUAUGUGAUUAAGGUAUCAAGGGACCAGCGUCUGAUUAAAAAAAUCCUAUUCACAAAAUAGAUGACACAGAAAAAAGAUUUAAAAGCCGACAGCUAAAGUAUUCUUUUUCAAUAAUAAUGGACAAAUCUGUGACAAAUGUAUCAAAUUAUGAACUCUGUAACUCAACUUCGCACACACAAACACGGGCAAAGUUGAUCAAUGUUCACUUGUUUGAACAAUGAGAGUGCGCACAGACAUACUUGAACACCUCACAAUGUCCUUUUUUUUUCCUGGUUAGUAUUGGUGUUUGGCAGGACUUUUAUCUCUCUGAUUGUAUUUUUUAAAAUAUCUUUUGUUAUUCCAAACAAUUGGACAAAAAAGUUUAAUGUGAUCAUUGAAAAAUUAUGUUUCAAUUAACAAGUACAUUUCAAUAUGAUCUUGAUUUGAUUUUGAGCUGAUCUCCCAAUGGGCAACUAUAACAGUUCGAGUUGUCAGUGAAAAUGCUGUACUAAAUAAAAGGAGACACUAAAUGCUUAAUCUUUAUAUAUGAAAUUAAUUCAUGAAAUGUGGUUGGGUUAUAGUAGAUUUUCAAGUGAAACAAGGUGUGAUUUCCUUCUGUAUGUGUGCAAAUGGUGGAGUUAUCACAUAUCUAGUCCAAAAUAGUACAUUUGUAUUUUUAAGAGAUCAACAGGGCAGUCCAGUGUAUGAUGAGGCUGAAUGACCAACUUGGGGCGUCCAGUAAAAUGCUGACAUAUAAGGAUAUUCUUUGUUCCUCUUUCUGCUAAGUCACUGCUUGCCAUUGAUUUAUAUAACGUUCACAGAGAGAUUAUUUAUUUGCUAAUAUUCUAGGAAUAUAAUUUAUC